AUGGCAGAAAAAAAGCACGCCAGAGACACGUCAGUGGACACGGACACGACCUCGACACCGACGUCGAGAUUCCAUCGCGACACGUCCGAGAUGGCAGACGAAGCACGGAAAGAUGGCGCAGAGGCGACGGUCCACAAGAGAAGCCAUGCCGAGUUCUCUGAGCAGGAAGCAGGCGGACAGGGCAAUGGCUCCGGCGUCGACUCGGAUUCGGACUCGGACUCGGACGACAUGGGCCCGCAGCUGCCAUCGGCGGCAGCAGCAGCGCCGAAGAAGAAGCGGCACCGGCUGAUGCACGAGAAGCUGUACGUCUCGGCACUGCCCAAAGCGAAGCGGUACUCCAAGUCGCUCAUGCACAAGGAGCAGGUGGCGUUUCUGAGCAUGACACCGGGCACGGACUUCCUCAUCACGACCUCGGUGGACGGCGUGGUCAAGUUCUGGAAGAAGAUCAACGAGGGCAUCGAGUUUGUCAAGCAGUUCAGCGCACACGUGGGCACGAUCACGUCGGUGUCGGCGAGCCACGAUGGACGCAGCUUCGCGUCGGCGGGCGUGGACCGGACGAUCAAGAUCUUUGACGUGAUGACGUUCGACCUGCUGUCGACGAUCACGCUGGACUUUGAGCCACGCUGCAUCUGCUGGGUUCACCGGCGGGGAGCACCGCUGCCGCUGCUGGCAGUGUCAGAGGCAGAGAAGCCGAACAUACACAUCUACGACGGACGAGGCGAGGCGGGAGCACAGCAGGCGGCAGCAGGGCGGUCGAAGGUGGAGACUGGAUCGACGCUGCUGCAGCCGCUGCACACGCUGACGGCGAUGCACCGCAGCGUGGUGACGCUGAUGGCAUACAACGAGGCGUUUGACUGCGUGGUGUCGGCCGACGUGGGCGGGAUGCUGGAGUACUGGCGGCCCAGCGGAACGUACAAGACACCAGACAACGUGUUCCGGCUGAAGAGCGCGACGAGCCUGUACGAGUUCAAAAAGGCCAAGUCGGCGGCGACGGCGCUGACGAUCGCGCCGACGGGACGGCAAUUUGCGACAUUUUCGCUGCCAGACCGCAAGGUGCGGGUGUUUGACUUUGCGACGGGACGGCUGGCACGGGCAUACGACGAGUCACUGCGCACGGCCGAGGACAUGCAGCAAGCCGGCACGGCCGUACAGCAGCUGGACGCGGUGGAGUUUGGACGGCGACUGGCGGCAGAGCACGAGGUGGAGACGGAGGCGCUGCGAGACAAGGCGAACGUGAUCUUUGACGAGUCGGGACACUUUCUGCUGUACGGCUCGAUGCUGGGUGUCAAGGUGGUCAACACGGCGACGAACCAGGUGGUGCGACGAUAUGGGGCGGACGAGAACUUCCGGGCGUUGCAGCUGGCGCUAUACCAGGGCCAGCCACAGAAAAAGGGCGUGACGACGGUGGCGAUGGCGGCGUCGAGCAACCCGCUGCUGCAGGAGUCGGAGGUGCGCGACCCGAUCCUCGUGGCCACGGGCGUGGGCAAGCAGCGGUUCUACCUGUUUACCAACCAAGAGGACGCGGCCAAGGGCUCGCGUGACGUGCUGAACGAGCGGCCGACGGCCAACAACGGCGGCCACGGCAGCAAGAAGGGCGGACGGGCAGCCAAAGAGGCUGAAUCGGGCAGCGGCGCCGUGAUCCACACGACCUACGGCGACAUCCACAUCCGGCUCUUCCCCGGAUCGGCGCCCAAGGCGGUCGAGAACUUUGUCACGCACGCCAAGCGCGGCUACUACAACAACACCAUCUUCCACCGGGUCAUCCGCAAGUUUAUGAUCCAGGCCGGCGAUCCGCUCGGCGACGGCACCGGCGGCGACAGCAUCUGGGACCGGCCAUUCGAGGACGAGUUCAGCUCGCUCAAGCACGACAAGCCGUACACCGUCAGCAUGGCCAACGCGGGGCCCAACACCAACGGCAGCCAGUUUUUCAUCACCACGGAGAAGACGCCGUGGCUCGACAACAAACACACCAUCUUUGGGCGGGCCUACCAGGGCAUGGACGUCAUCCACCGGAUCGAGAACGCCCGGACAUACAAGGAACGUCCUGAAGAGGACAUCAAGAUCCUCAACAUUGACGUGUUGUGA